AUGGACACUAAGGAUGAAGUGGUCGGAGCCAGGGCAAGGGACAGCAGCGGGGAUGGCACAGCCAGCCAGGCCACAGAAAAGGACCAGGCUGGCACUGUGGAGGCAGCAGCCUUUGUAACAGGCACUGGAAGUGCUCCACCAUGCAAGACCCUGUUCAUCUGCUGCGCCGACGGCCUGGAUCAGGACACCUUCAAAAUUUGCAAAGAACUUCUGAGACCCUUUAAGAAGUCACUCAGGAAACUGCGUUUUCCCCAGCACCUCUCCACAGAGAGAAAAAUGAAGUAUGCAAAGAAAAGUCUGACUGUGAUCGGGACCCACAUUGAUCAGUUCCUCCAGCAGUACUGCAGACCCUCAGAAGUCAAGCACUGGCAGAAGAUGCUCUGGAGGUUCAUCUCCCUCUUCUCAGAGAUGGAUGAAAGGCAACUGCAGAAGCUGUACAAGUACAUCAAGACCAACCAAAUGGAUAAGUUUAUGACUUUCUGCAAAGUAGCUUCUUUUGAAAGAAGAGAGAAAGGAGGUUUUCAGGAAUACCGAGUUAAAAAUGAGCCGAACUAA